AUGCUUAAUGCCCUUGUACUUACUCCACUCCAAGAACAUUAUUUCAAGAAAGAACUUAUUACAAGACAGAUUGAGAAAGAACUCCAAUUCCUGUCUCGCCAUGGCACGCUAGAUUCCCUUGGUCUACCAUUCUCUUCGUCAUCACUUACCGAAAGUCCGACUCCAUUUCUCCAUUUCGUGUUUCAGAACUGCGUCAAUACAUUCCCCUUCCUUCAGAAUGGCGGGGUUGAAUUGUGGCAAAAAGUUCAAGAAUUUAUAGGAGAAUUCAGUAAAAAGAAUAUUAGCACCUCAGCUACAAGGGAUGAAGCUACAAAAAGGAAGAAAAUGGCAAAACAGAUCGUAUCACAUUUUACACUGUUGUUAAAUGCCACCACUAAGACAACCCUUGGGAAAGAUGAAUCUGUAACCGUAGAAUCGGCAGGUAGUGAAGAGGAGGAUCUUUAUGAUCGAGGAAAAAAGAUUCUCAACGGGUGGGAAUUGAACGUUGUUGGGGUCAGAUGUUAUUCAGAAAAGGGAAUGUUGAAAGAGAACUUUUAUGCGGAAUAUCUUAUAAAUGUAAAAGGGCCAAAUGCUAAUGAUAUUGUUGUUGCGAGAAAUUAUAAGCAAUUCCGCACAUUGUGUAUAAAACUUAAGGACGAAUUCCCUGAUGCAAACAUUCCACGUCUUCCUAGGAAAAUGAAUGAUGCUGUCUCUUCAUCGUCCAGAUCGAGAUCAUUUCAAACUCUCAAAUGGGAAAGGAAUCGUCUUAACGUUCAACGUUACCUGCACUCCCUUUUGAGCGUAAAGGAGUUUGCACACUUUCGGGGACUUACUACUUUCCUACUUGAAAAUCCCGUUACUCUGACAGAGGAAGAACGUAAAGAUAUAGAAGAAAGAAAGAGAUUAGAUGAACAUAGAAAUGAGCAAAAGAGGGCAUUCAAAAAAGAGGCCGAACUCAAAGCCAAGGAGCUUGAUGAUCAGGUUGAAGAGUUUAAACGUAACUUGAUCAUAAAUGGCGGGUUGUUACAUUUUGCACAUACCAUCCAGACUACUACCGAGGUAUCACAAUUGCCACCACUAUAUCAGAAAGUAAUCGAAUGGGCUGAAAUAAGUUUUGCAUCGAUAUUGUAUAAUCUGUUCGUUGGCUCGGGCAAUAGCAACGAAGUAUUCUCACAACUUAAACGUAUCCAUGCUUUGAUGCCUUAUAAAAUUAUACGUGGCAUCUUGAAGAUUUCGAAUCCAUUAGCAUUUAUGAGGGCUAUGCUGGAUCUAUUUUUGGCUCAACCAUUUGGAACCAAGAGUCUUUUACAGAGGAUGUUAUCAACGAACUUGGGUGAGGAAAUCAAAGAAAUUGACAAAGACAUUGAAACAUUUAAAGCAAUAGUUAAUGACGAAAACAUUUGUGAGAAGAUAUGCAACUAUGUGUAUGCUUCUAUUGAGGUACAAAGAUUGAUUAGAGAUGAAAGGCGAGAAAGAGACACAUAUUCACUUCUAUGUGCAAUACUGUGCACAAAACACAUCGAGCCAGAACUAACUUUGGAACAACUAGUGCAAAUUGGUGGUCUUGAUACGUCAAAAACGGAGAUGAAUAAAAGUCAACAACAAAUGUUUGUUGCUUUGCAGAAACUGUUUUAUCUGCAUGUUCGUAAACGGGACAAAGAAAUGAUGAUUGACUUAAUAUUUCAAGGUGUUACGAGCAGUCUAUUAAGGGAUAUAAUUGCCACAUUUUAUGAACCACUAGCAAAAGUCUACAAGGCGGCCAAUGUCGGUGAAUCUCUAGCGGAUGUCUCGUUAUUCAUAGACGACCUCAUAGAAGUAGUUAAAGAUAUAAACGAUAAAGGCCUUUUAUCUUCUGCAAACCCAAUGGUUCAAACAUUUAUAUCUCUUGUAAACCGUCAUGUUCAGCGCUUCUACUUCUUCGUUCACUCGGUCUAUUCUCAUGACAACGCGGGCAUUUUCUCUUCGCUCUUAUUCUGGAUGGAAACGAUAAUUAGCCUUAUUCGGAACGGCCUUUCUAAAAAGAUUGAUAUUGCGCUUUUAAUCCGCAAUUCACUUCCAUCCUCAUCCGACCAUUCGGCUCUUUUGACUGAACUAGAUGCUCUAAUCCAAUGGCAUCACUGGAGAAAGAAAAGACGUCUUCAAAAAUUAAAAAACAUGUAUUAUACUGAUGAUACGAAAACCGAUGUUCAGAUGGUAUUGCCGACAAAUGGGAUGAAAGAAUUUGUUGAUAUCGGAAAGGAGGUCGAGGAAAUUAUGGAUGGGUUGGGGAGUGAGAGUGAAGACGAUGUAGAUACAGAUGAUAUGGAUUCUGAAGUUACUCAAGCGAUGGUUGGCGUCCUUGAGAGGAAUUCGGGAAACGUUAAUUAA